AUGAGUACCGACGGAAAUGUUAGCAACAAUGAAACACUGCAGUCGCUGUUGGAGAUAUUAGUGAAUAACGCAAUACAAGGAUCAACCAUUAACAAUGCCUAUCAAAUCAUGCCAGACCUAUCGCAGGCCAUCGGUGAUUUUAACGGCGAAUGCGAAAUUGGAGGAGAAGCCAUGGCAUGGUUAGACAACCUGAAUGCCACAGCAACGCUGCACAAAUGA